CCACACGUGGACCUCAAGAUCCGGUUACUGGUUGUACUAUAAAACACGAGGGUUGCCUGUUGUAAACCACACUAAUCGGAAGGAGCUGGACAGUACCAGACAUCACUCUUAACAAUGUUCAUCUUACAGUUCUUGACCUGUCUACUGCUAGCAGUUGCUGCCAGAUCUUCUGUACCAGAAGGUUACAUUUUGGAUGUUUCUCAAUCGUGUGGCGAGAAGAUGACGACCGCUGGUCAACACUAUGCUGGAACCGGAGCUAACGUCACCAUCAAAUCCGAUCUAUAUGUCCAGGCACAGGUCAAGUGUCAAGAUGGCCUCGUGCAACUAGAUCCAAUUGAUGAAACCAAUACUGAAACCAGCCUCAGGCUGUGUUACUCAAACGAUUCAGACUCUAGCUGUCCGUGUAAAUUCAAUACACCAUCAGGCAGGUCAAAUUUCUACUCUGCCGUGUUGCAAGUCUUCUGGGGAUUUAAGAACGGCACAUUGAUGAAUGAAUUUGAAACUUACACAAUUUCCUGCAUUGCCGAAGGAAACAAAACUAAAGUUUUGGAGAACAAAGAUAUAGACGAACACCUUAUUCCUGUAAAGAGCGAGGUAAUAGAAUCUUUCGGCCAUGAUUAUACGGGAACUGCAGUCCUUGAAUUAUUCGACGUUCUUGGUAACAAGAUAACAGCUACUAAAGUUCCGAUGUCGAAAAAAGUUCAGUUGAAAUUAACUGUCACUACCGAUCAAUACUAUGGCGUUGUUCCAUACGAUUGCAGGGCAAUAAGCAAGGAUCGUAAUACGGAUUACAGAUUUCUUCUAGCUGGAUGUGGUGAUGGAACAAUCAUUCCAACAAAUAAAGGUUUCACAACAGAUGGCAAAAUAUCAAAAAGUCCAUUUUUCAAAUUGUUCAAGUUGUUGGAAAGUUCAGAACAAGCUGGUGUAUCCUACGAAUGUUCAUUUACAGUUUGCAACGCCUCUUGUGACGUGUCUUCCUGUUCCGUGAGGACCAAACGAUCAGCUGAUUCCUUAGCAGAUCAGGAGAGAGUGAAAACACCAAUAUACCAAAUUCAACGUCUAGAACAACGCGUGGAAGAUCGUCUAGACCAAUCACAACAGGAACUAAGCGACCUUAAAAUGGAUACUCGUCUGAAGCUUGCUACCCUUGAAAUCGUCGGCAUUGGAGCUGUUGCGUUGUUGUCACUUGUAAUUGCCACAUAUUCCUGCAUCAGAGUGGAACAAAAACGCCUCCGUGAAAAAGUGAGCUUAAAGAUGUCCUCGGCAUGAAGUGCUGGAACGUUUGUUAUAUUUUGUUCAACACUAAUUGUUGCAAUCAUCCUUCUGAAUAAAAUAUGGUGCAUAUUUAA